GUACUUUUGUGAUAGUACUUUACGAGACUGUGUUAAAUAUGGUGUUACUGUAGUAAGUAACAGUCUACUACUACUACUACUACUACUAUUACUACUACUACUACUACUACUACUACUGUUAUUACUACUACUACUACUACUAAGACAUACUAUAAAGUACCAUAUAAGACGUUACUUACAUUACUUAUAAGGAAAAAUACUUUGUGAUAAUAAUAAUCAUUAAAAAAACAGAAUAAAAGAAAGAAAAAGAUUAAAGAGACAAGAAUAAAUAUAAAAAAGUGAGAAAUAGUGAAAGAAAAAAGAGAGAGAGAGAGAGAGAAAGAGAAAAGUGAGGAAAACUAGACACUUAUCAACUUCACUAUUUUUCUACCUUCGAAUUUUUAAGUGUUUCCCGUUGCCUACUUUUCUACUUGCAAACUCUAACAAGUACCUGUCUACUUUUCUACUUAGAAGAGGGGUAAGGAAUGAAUUAUACGUAAGAUUGCAACAAAAACAAGAACUACUACUAUUACUACUACUAUUACAGCUACUACUGCUGCUAAUACUACUACUACUACUGUCUUAAUUGACUUGACCUGCGGCCGCCUUCUGUGCCUGGCUCUCCCAUCCACUCUCCCAGCCAGUCUCGCAGUCACUCCGCCAGUCACUCCGCCAGUCACUCCGCCAGUCAGUCAGUAGCUCGGUGUAGCUUCGCCACCCCGCCGCCUCCCGCCCGUCGCCCCGCGCCCUCCGCCACGCCCUUCGCACCGCCCCGCACCUCGGCAACGGCGGCGGCAGCAGCAGCAGCAGCACCAUCACCACCACCACCACCACCACCACCAGCAGCAGCAGCAGCUCCGCCAUCCAUCUUUCUUUCUCUGCUUCAAAACAUUUUACCAGAAUUCUUGAUAAAAAAAAAUGUGUGUGUACAUGUGUGCGUGUCCAUGUGCGCCUUGCUUACGCGCACAUGUAGGUAUUAGGCGCCGCUGUAGUGAAGGUGUGACGUGUACGUGUGUGUGUACGUGUGGCUGUGUGUACGUGUAUUGAUGUGUACAUUUCAUCACUUACAUGCAUGUAGAUUCUAUAUUUUUCGAUCUGAUGAAGGUGUAAUCCGUACAUGUGUGUACACCUAUGCGCGUUUCAAGCUAGAAACGUUCACAGAUUCUCUAUUUUUCACGUAAUGGUGCCGCCGUGUGUAUGUGUGUGUGUGUACGUGUGCAUAUGUGUGUGUGUGUGCGCGCCUGAAGUAAUGUAGCAAUAGAACUGAGAUACACAUCUUCUAAUCUGUGAUCUAAAAACGUACAUGUAUAUAAGUGUAAGCUGUGUAGACUUAAAACACACACACACACACACACACACACACACACACACACACACACACACACACACACACACACACACACACACACACACACACACACACACACACAUAAAAAAUUAAACCUUAAGAUAAAAAAAAAUGAAGAUAUGUAUAUUUAGUGUGUAAGAUAACUACAAGUGGCAUAGAUGUGUAUGUAUGUAUGUAUAUAUAUGUAUGUGUAUAUAUAUAUAUGUACGCUUCUCGGUAUAUGAACGUAACAUAGCGCGUCACAUUGCACCGGUUAUUUCGUUUGCUUGCGUCACGUGACUAGCGCAGCGUGACGGUGUUAUCGUGACGGUGUUGUCGUGACGUGGUGUGUGUGUGUCGGUGUGUCGGUGUUGUGUUGCGUGUACUCAGAAACACACUAUAACUAGAACUACUAAUACAGCAGAUUACUGGGUGUUGUUACUACUGGUGUUGUUAAUAGUGGCUGUACAUUAUAACAUUUCUUCCAAAGUGUGUGCGUCUGUGUGUCUGCGUUUGUGUCUUGCUGUGUGCGCAUGUGUGUGUGUAUGCGUAAGGAAGUAUACAUAUUAUACGUUCUUCCUGUGUAUGUAAGUGUGUACGUGUGAGUACGUGUGAGUGUGUGUGAGGCUGUGUACAGAUUACCAGCGUUCUUCCUGUGUGUGUGUGUGUGUGUGUGUGUGUGUGUGUGUGUGUGUGCAAAGACUUACAGCCGCUCUUCCCGUGUACGUAAAUGUGUAUGUAUAUGUGUGUGUGUGUGUAUGUGUAUGUGCGUGCGCCUCCUCAGUAAGUCAAGACAAACUGUGAUGCUAAAGUGUAGUUGAGUGUUAUCAGGAAAAUAUUUUAAAAAGUUUCUAUAUUUUUCUGUGUAAUUGUUACUUAAAAAGGCGAGGAGCCGCGGUGCGCGUCCCGCCUCUUGCCUCUCGCCUCCGUCUCACUCCGACCUCCUUCGUACAAAGUGUGACGCCGUGACGUGUGCGUUACCAUAUACUGCAUUGUACUGCUACCGUGCGUGCGUAGUUCUCCUGACUACUACUACUACUAUUACUACUACUACUACGACAACACCUACAUUAUUGCAACACCUCAGUGCGCCUGCCUCAUACUUGUUACUAUUAUUACUAUUACUAUUAAUACUACAGGUUGUUGUUACUUUUCGACUGAUUAUACUACUACUACUUACUACUACUACUACUACUACUACUGUUGCUAUUACUACUACUACUACUACUACUACUACAACUACAACUAGUAAUAUUACUAGCGGUGGUGUAGUGGUACAGUUGCAAGCAUUGGUGCCACGGACACCAGUGUACUUCCCCGUGUUGGCGGUGGUGGUAGCGGCGGUGAGGGCCGCCCAGUGAGUGGGGUGAUGGAGGUGAUGGAGGUGGUGAGCAGCACGCCGCCGCCCUCGUGGCUGCAGGACGUGACGGGGAACGUGACACGUAGUGCUGGCGAGGCGGAGGAGGAGGAGGUGUCGGUGAGCACGGUGGUGAGUGCGUUGUGCAUGCGCCUCAUCAUCGUGUGCGCCGUGCUGGGCAACCUGCUGGUGGUGGUGAGCGUGGUGCGCGUGAGGCGCCUGCGCGUCAUCACCAACUACUUCGUGGUGUCGCUGGCCAUCGCAGACAUCCUGGUAGCCAUCAUGGUGAUGCCCUUCAAUGCCAGCAAGCAGAUCGCGGGCCGCUGGCUCUUCAACGCCAUAGUGUGUGACGUGUGGAACUCCUUCGACGUGUACGCGUCCACGGCGUCCAUCCUGCACCUGUGCUGCAUCAGCAUCGACAGGUACUACGCCAUCGUGCGCCCCCUUGACUACCCCAUGGUGAUGACCAAGCGGCGCGUGGCAGUGAUGCUGGCGUUGGUGUGGACGGCGCCGCUGCUCAUCUCCUUCCUGCCCAUCUUCCUGGACUGGUACACCACCGCCGAGGCCGCCACCGCCGCCGCCUCCUCCUCCUCCUGCGACUUCGUGGUGAACAUGGCGUACGCGCUCAUCUCCUCGUCCAUCUCAUUCUGGCUGCCCGGCAGCGUUAUGGUGUACACCUACUACCGCAUCUACCUGGAGGCGGCGCGGCAGGAGCGCAUGCUGCACCGCCACACCAGGCUGGCCUCCACCUCUCACGCCGCCGUGGUCACCUCCACCUCGUCCACCACCACCACCACCACCUCCACCACGUGCCCGCCCGCGCCCGCCAACGGCUUGGGCGGAUCGCAGGCCAUGCUGGGCGAGGGCGGGUCGGGGCGGCGGCUGAUGGCGCACCGCCCGUCCAAUGACGCAGGGCAGGAGGCCACGCCAACCAAGGAGCGCAACCUGAUCAAGCUGAAGCGCGAGCACAAGGCGGCGCGCACGCUAGGCAUCAUCAUGGGCGCCUUCAUCCUGUGCUGGCUGCCCUUCUUCACCUGGUACGUGACCAUCACCUGUGGCGACGACGCCUGCAACAUCCCACCCAUCAUGGAGCCUAUCCUCUUCUGGAUCGGCUAUUCUAACUCCAUGCUGAACCCCGUCAUCUACGCCUACUUCAACAAGGACUUCCGGGAAGCGUUCAAGCGCACCCUGCAGUGCGUGGGCCGCUGCAGCGCUGCGCGGGACCCUUGGCGCUCCCACUCCGGCCCGCCCUACGACUCGGACCUCUGCCUGCAGCACAACGGCCACGUCACGGUGGUCAAAGCAAAGAGCGCCAGAAGCGGCAGGGGCGAGUGUGGCGUGUAGGGGGCAUGGCAGGUGUGGCACGGUCCCACUCCUGGCCACACCCUCUCUCCUUCCAGGGUUGUGAUCCACACAGAUGUCUAUCAGCACCCAGGGUGUACCCAGCCACCCCACCCCCAGCCCCACACCACAACCCUCACUACCACACUUCCCUGCCCCCACAGUACUCCUCCACCCCUAACCCCCACAGUCUCCUCACAACGAACCCACUAUCCCCCACAAACCAUAACCACCUCCACCCCCCUCCUCCUCCUUCCUCCCCCCUCACCUUACUCAACCUUAACUUGGGGUAAAUAAAAUUGGGAAACCAC